UAGAACCGCGAACCGUGUAAUAAAGUCAAUUUGACCUAUCUUCAUGUUCUUUCCAAGAAGGAUCCCAAUCCAUUAAAAAUUGAAUAAUUUUUUAAUUAUUUCCCUUUUGAAUCUCAUUAUUUAUACCAUAAUUCUCGAUCUACUUGCUCCAAUUUCUUUUUCAACUUCUCUCAGGUACAAACCCAACAAACCCCACUUCAUCUUCUUCAAUUACUUCACUGCACUUCAAAUUUUUUAUUUAGGGUUCUCUUUAUUACAUCCUAAUUGUUCAUGGGUUCAGCUUAGUUCUUGUCUUUUUAUCCUUCUUGUUAUUGGGUUUGACUUCUUUUUCUCAAUCUUUGACUGGGUUUCCUCUUAUAGUUAAGGAAUUAAUUCUAGGGUUUCCUUAGGGUUUAGCUAUUUUAAGUUCUUGAUCAGCUUAUUCAAACUGUAUAAUAAUUUUGAUAGGGUUUUGUAAGUUUAGAUAGAUGAGAAUGGAUCCUAAUCUUUCAUUUUUUUCUGAUUAUGCAACUAAUUCCAUAACUGAUGAGACCACCAUAUUUCCAAACUAUAAUCAAUACCCAGAUGCUGAAAAUGGAUUUAAAUUGGAUAGUCCUCCAUUUGACUCAAAUUUCAUGAAUGUUGUUCCUUUUGAUCUACCUGAUUCAGAUUCAAAUGACCUAGCUUUAUCCUUUGAUUCAUAUAUCCCUAAGUUUAGUCCAGACGGGGAAUCAUUUGAACCUUCUUCUAGUUGGAGUCCAGAGGGAGAUUCUUCAUCUCCCUCUAAUGAUAGUGAUUCGUCGGAUCCGGUUCUUAAGUAUAUAACUCAGAUGCUUUUGGAAGAGAAUAUGGAAAAUAAGCCUCCUAUGUUUUAUGAUCCAUUGGCUUUAAAAGCUACUGAGAAGUCAUUGUAUGAUGUUCUUGGUGAGCAAGAUCCUAAUUCCUUGCUUAAAUCAUCGCGACUUUAUGUUGACUAUGAGAGCCCUGAUAGUAAUCAUUCCGGGAUUGGUAGUGAGUACGCUGGUAAUUCAAGUACUAGCAUUAUCACCGGCACUGCCAUUGCCACCGACGAUUUUGUUGAUCCUCGGUGGGUUCUUGAUCCUGCCGAGUAUGGUUUGAAGUCCAAUUUGCAGCCGACUGUAGAAUUCUCGGUGAAUCCUUCAAAUGGGCUGCCUAAUAAUGGUAAUGACAUUGUGGGUACUUCUGCCAGUAAGAUGGUGCAGAAUAUGUUUACAGAUUCAGAUUCUAUCUUGCAGUUUAAUAGAGGGUUAGAGGAAGCUAGUAAAUUCCUUCCUAAACCUGCUCAACUAGUCAUUGAUUUAGAGAGCUACUCGUUUUCCAAUGGGCCAAAGAAAGAGACUCCAAUUUUGGCAGUGAAGGAGGAAAAGAUUGAGAGGCCAAUUUCGCCUGAAGAUGGGCCAAGGAGCAGGAAAAAUCACAAUCGAGAUGAUUCAGAUUCAGAUUCAGAACAGGGGAGGAGUAGCAAGCAGACAGCAGUAUAUGUGGACGAAAGUGAUGAAAUUUCGGAGGUAUUUGAUAAGGUGCUGCUUUGGCCUGGUUUGAAGGGUACUACAGAUAUGUGCUGUGGCUCUCAAGUGAUUCAAAAUAACGUGUCAAAGGCAAAUGACCAAUCAAAUGGAUCAACCGGUGGAAAGGGUCGUGCUAAAAAGUCGGUAAAGAAGAAGGAAACAGUGGAUUUGAGAAGCCUUCUGAUUCUUUGCGCACAAGCUGUCUCCGGAAAUGACUUCAGAACGGCUAAUGAGCUUCUGAAGCAGAUUCGGCAGCAUUCGUCCCCUAAAGGUGACGGGUCUCAGAGACUAGCUCAUUGCUUCGCGAACGGUCUCGAGGCACGUUUGGUUGGCAGUGGCGCUGGAAUGCCAAAUCUUUAUACCAGUCUUGCUUCAAAGAGGACUACGGCUGCUGAUAUACUGAAUGCUUACAGAACUCAUCUUCAUUGCUGCCCUUUUAAGAAGCUCUCAAUUAUCUUUGCCAAUAAAAUGAUUUUGCAUGCAGCUGAGAAGUCAAAAACUCUUCAUAUUAUCGAUUUUGGCGUUCUUUAUGGUUUUCAGUGGCCAAUUCUUAUCCAGUAUCUCUCCAUGCGUGAAGGAGGACCUCCUAAGCUACGCAUUACUGGGAUAGAGCUGCCCCAGCGUGGCUUCCGGCCAACGGAAAGAAUUGAGGAGACAGGACGUCGAUUAGCAAGGUAUUGUGAACGCUUUCAUGUUCCAUUUGAGUACAAUCCUAUUGCUGCUCAGAACUGGGAAAGCAUACCGAUUGAGGAUCUCAAGAUUAGAACCGAUGAGGUGCUUGCUGUGAAUUGUAUGGGUAGAUUUAAGAACCUACUUGACGAGACAGUUGAAGUGGACUGCCCUAGGAAUGCUGUUCUCGAAUUGAUUAGGAAGAUAAAACCCAAUAUUUUCGUUCAUACUAUCAUAAAUGGAUCCUACAAUGCUCCGUUCUUCGUUACGAGGUUUAGGGAGGCACUUUUCCACUUCUCGUCAAUGUUUGAUAUGUUUGAUUCUGCUUUACCUCGUGAAGAUGAAGGAAGAAUGAUGUUAGAAAAUGAGAUGUAUGGGCGAGAGGCCAUUAAUGUCGUGGCUUGUGAGGGCGUGGAAAGGGUUGAGAGGCCGGAAACAUACAAGCAGUGGCAGGUUCGGACUACAAGGGCCGGGUUUAAGCAGCUACCACUAGACCAGGGGACUAUGGAAAAGUGUGGGGGAAAGUUGAAAUGCUACAAUAAGGAUUUUGUACUAGAUGUAGACAACGAUUGGAUGUUGCAGGGAUGGAAGGGUCGAAUUAUAUAUGCUUCCUCGUGUUGGGUGCCUGCGUAGGAGUUCCCGAGGCAUUGUCGUAAGUUGGAGCAUAGACUAGUUACCCAUGCAUAUUCACAAAUUGAACAAAAGAUACAGUAUUAAAUGAUUCUCACCUGCACAUCUCAUGGAGGAUUGAGGAUUUGAUGGUUGCAGCACUGCUCAUCGUACAUGGUUCUAUAAUGCUGAUGCCAUUGAUAUAAAUUUUCUUUCGGAGCUCGGCAGUAGUGAGUUUUGGAGCAAGCUAGAGCCCUGUAUAUGCAGGGCCUGUGAUAUAAACUAAUAAUGGCUAUUUGCUUCUGUUAGGAAAUUUUGUAAUCAUAUUAUGGGAUUUGUUUCCUGAUGAUUAGUUGCUUUUGUAUGUAAAUGCUUUUGUUUUAAAUUAAGCAGGUGACAAAAUCUCUACAAUUA